CGCCCACGCCUGCUCCAACGCCAGCGCCUACGCCAGUACCGCCUACGCCAGCACCAACCCCAGCGCCUACGCCAGCACCAACGCCAGCGCCUACGCCAGCACCAACGCCGGCGCCUACGCCAGCACCAACGCCACGCCGACGCCAGCACCGCCUACGCCAGCUCCAUCGCCCGCGCCUACGCCGGCGCCUACGCCCGCGCCUACGCCAGCACCAACGCCGGCGCCUACGCCAGCACCAACGCCAGCACCAACGCCAGCGCCCACGCCUGCACCAACGCCAGCGCCGACGCCAGCGCCGCCUACGCCAGCUCCAACGCCCGCGCCUACGCCAGUGCCUACGCCCGCGCCUACGCCA